UGACCAGGAGUCGACGUGUGCAGAAAUCCUGCUAGUCUGGUCCUUGUUUCCAUCUGGGUACCAGCUUCCUUCAGCCUUGCAGGCGGCGGUGUAAGAGAGACCACCGAAGGAGACAGCUUGCUUGAAUUCUCCAGGUUUGUUCUUUGUACUGCUGCUGGCUAAAAGUAGGAGAAAGAAACUGACCAGAUCAGUACCUGAAAUAGCUGCAUUCGCCAAUAGGCAGGAAGGAGCAAAGAAGGAAGAGAAGCAUACACAAGAUGAAACCCUCCCAAAAAAUGGAAGGAAACCCAGAAAAUGGGGACGUGCCAAAGCCCGAGGAAGAGCCAAAGCCCGAGGAAGAGCCAAAGCCCGAGGAAGAGCCAAAGCCUGAGGAAAAGCCCGAGGAAAAGCCAGAGGAGGGGCAAGGACCAGGAGAGGAGGAAAAAUCCGAAGAAACUUUUAGGGAGAGGCUGAUUCAGUCUCUUCAGGAUUUUAAAGAGGAUAUACACAACAGGCAUUUGAGCAGUGAAGAUAUGUUUAGAGAAGUGGAUGAAAUAGAUGAGAUAAGGAAAGUGAGAAACAAACUUGUUGUGAUGCGUUGGAAGGCUAAUCGAAGCCAUCCUUAUCCCUAUUUAAUGUAGUUUGCCUUGGUUUCUGUUUUAUCUGGAAUUAUCAUUGCAAUAUAGCUUUCUUUUAAUUAGCUUUUUUUUCCUGAUAUACCUUUGCCCAUCUCCCUACUUUGAAUUUGUUGCUGUUAGUAGAUUAGAUAUAUCUCUUCUUGUCUGCAUCUUACUGUUGGUUAUAUAUGAACCAAUUUACAAGUCUCUGGCUUUUAAUAAGAGAGCUUUACUGAUUUGUAAAAAAUGAGCUUCUGAUGGGAUACAAAAUGAAAAAAGGUUACAAAAUACUAUGAGAAUAUCGUAUUUUGAAAGACAAGAGUACCUUUGUAUGUUACAUAUAUGCACAUAUAAACUUGUGAAAGAAAGAUGAAUGAUUUUUCUUCUGCUUAUUUGUAUUUGCCAUAGUCCUAAAAUGAACAUGCAUUAUUCUUGCUAAAAAUAAUAAAAGUUUUAUAA